AAAACUCUCUCUCCCAUGGUUCUUCGCGCUUGUACAGUGACGACAUGCAUGCGCCGGAGGUUCAACAGCAAGCUCCCUAACUCAACGCUGACAGUCUUGCAAAAACGUAUUGAAGUAUAUAUUGAAUUGUGUUGCAAUUAGGUCAUUUAUAUCGUAUAAUGGUUCGACUUUAGUAACAGUUAAUUACUACUGGGACAUUUUGCGAAAUAGGGGCAAGACACAGGCGUGCGUUUUUUAAAUAGCUGAAGUAGCUAGCAAGUCAACGUGAAUAGAGGACAACAUGGUGUAUUCUUUCAUACUGAAAGUUGUGCAGCGUAAUUUGCAUCAAUAUCAAACACUGUCAACGCAAUCCGUUCUGCGAAUAUGUAAACGCAUGCAGAACAAUUUGCACCUUCAGAAACCGUCUACUGCAACAUCCAGAUUCGUUUUCUAUGGGGCUGCAUAUCACUCACCUAUUGGGAGUAAUAUAUUUUGUACACGGAGUCGAAGCAUUUCUGUCGACACAAGAUUGAGAAGUAAAGGAGAAGAGAAGGAUGGUGGACAGGUGUCAGUACCGAGGAAAGGACCUUCUACUGCACAUAAAGUAAAGGAAGCUGGCAAAGACUUUACCUACCUCAUAGUUGUGCUGAUUGGACUCGGAGUAACAGGUGGGUUGUUGUAUGUGGUUUUCCAGGAGCUGUUCUCCUCCUCCAGCCCCAACAAGGUCUACAGCAAAGCCUUCAACAAAACCAGGUUACACCCAGAGGUGAUUGGAGUGUUCGGGGAGCCAAUCAAGUGCUUCGGUGAAACGUCCCGCCGAGGUAGAAGACAGAAAAUCAGUCAUGUGGAGUACAUGAAGGAUGGACUGAAGCACAUGAGACUGAAGUUCUACAUCCAAGGAGAAGAACCAGGCCGGCAGGGAACUGUGCACACAGAAUCUAAAGAGAACCCUGAAACUGGAAAGUUAGAGUUCCGCUACAUCUUUGUGGAAGUAGACACUUACCCCAGGAGAACCAUUGUCAUUGAGGAUAACAGAUAAGAUGGGGACUGAUUCUCAGACCCGGUCUGAAGAGGUGCUGCAGCUGUCUAGCAUCACUCAGAUUAUGUAGGCAAUGCAUCACUUUGUUGAUGAACUUGUUUGUUUCAAAAAGUUUUUCAACAAAUGCCAAUAAAGUUUUAUAGAGUCUGUCGGUGGUUAAACCCAAUAAUAAUUGAUGGAACCAAGUUCCUAUAUCUUGUUGUUUAGUAUGAGUUUCAGAUUUGUUGGGUGAUUUCGAAAAUUUACUGCCAUUGCUGACUUUUCUGAGGACAAUUUCCUUAUUUUUGAGAACUGAGUUAGUGAGGGUGAAGUAUGAUCUCUUUUUGACAUGGCUGUUCCCUUCUGAAUGCCAAUAACUGGUGUUUUAGCAAUGAUUUGAAGCUAUCUGUUUUAAUGCUCCAUAGGAUAAACGGCUUCUAAAGAAUGGUUUACUUUUGUUGUCAAAACACGGAAAUGUAAUGCUUUUAAAGAAAAGCAUCUGAUGCAGAGAUGUUAUUUGUCUAUUGACAGUGAAAAUGUUCAAUGUCUUUGUUCAUGAAUCUACUACACUGAUUAGAGAUAUGGAAAACCGUUAAAGAUUUUGAAUUAACUAAGACUCCUGUAUUUUGAGAGCAAAUCAAUAGAAUUAUUUUAUGAGUAUGUGGAGAUACAAAAAAUGUGUGACUUGAUUAAACCCCCAAUAAUAAAGGAUUCACUGGCCAUGUGAAGUUAGACAUA